AUGGGCUCCUCAGCUUCCAAGGUCGCCGGCAGAGCUGGCGGAGCCGCAGCUCGCCGUCAAUAUCCUUCGACAUCCUCCAUUGUCAACUCCGCACCUUCACCUUCACCUUCACCUGCCGCCGCAGCAACAAAACCCGCACCCGCACCCGCAGCUGAAGUCCGACCCAGUCCGGCCGCUGCCCCUCCCGCAGGCGAAAAGACAGAACAUGUCGAGCUUGAUGCACGAGAUCCACAAUUUGGCUCUGCGCUGCGCCGAGUCGGACAAGCCAGACCCAUCACAGAGAGAAGACCCGAUGAAGAAACCUUCCCGACCUCGAGCCAGCCCAUGCACUCCGGCCAGAACAUCUUCCCCUCUGACACGAAAAAUCCGGCCAUGAUGCUCGUCCAGGCCAGAAGAAAGAUUGCUGCUCAAUGGGAAUCGGACCUGGAAAACCAAGGCCGGCCUGGCUUUGGGGGAAGAACGCUCUUGAGCGUCAAAGACAUUAAAGAGGCUUUGACACUGAGAGAUGAAUUGGGCAAGUCUCCUCAAGAGGUGGAGAGACAGAUGAGACUGAAACCGGGAGUGCUUGAUCAGCUUGUGGCUAAGGGUGUUGUGGCCAACAUUUGA